UCAAAUAUAAAAUGCUUUUCUGUGCGAGCAUCGUGCAGUACGUACACAUGACCUCUCUAGCCAGUUGGGCAGUUGGCCGGGCUUUGUACUCCUCAGACGACCAAGUUUGAGCAGGUCCAUAGAGGCUGUGCGCGACGCCGCACUACCGGGUGACCUUUGGUGCGUUUCAGUUCAACUUUGUCGGUAAACUGCUCGGCCCGAAGGGCAACUCUCUGAAGCGGCUCCAGGAGGAAACACUCACCCGAAUGGCGAUCCUGGGACGCGGCUCCAUGCGAGACAAAGUCAAGGAGGAGGAGAUGAGAAAGUCCAACCACCCGCGAACAGCCCACCUUCACGAAGAACUGCACGUGGAAAUCGUCGCCUUCGCCCCGCCCGCCGAGGCGUAUGCGCGCAUGGCCUACGCGUUGACGCAAGUGCGACGUUACCUGAUACCGGACAACAACGAUCAGAUCCGCCAGGAGCAGAUGCGGGAGAUGAAGCGUCUCGGUCUGAAGGAGGACGGCCGUCAGCCAGCCGGGGCCGAACACCGCGAGUCAGUCGGCGCUGAGGCUGAGGAGACGGCCUCGGGAUCAUCACCGGGUCAGGACGCCGGACUGCACUCACCAGAGGACGACCCCAAGUGUUCGGAGGAGCCGGAGCCGGCCGUUCCCGUGACCAGACCUCCUGCGCCGCUCCCCUCCGCUCCGCCCCAGCGGCAGCGCGUGCUCAACAUCCUGGACCGGGCGCGGCUUAUCUCCGAGAGUUCGCGGGUGGCCAAGCUCACCAAGAGUGUCGACAGCCGCAGUUUUACCCUGGAUGGGGGCUACGAGCUUCCCGAGGCCUUCCUCGCUCCAGAUGGUCGGAGCCCCCUCCAGUGGCUGGGCCUACGAGGCCCGAUGGAGCGACGCCGCCUGAGACCGGCUCCCUACAUCAUCCCCAAGUAGACGGCCAGCUGACCUGGCCGCCGCUGACCCGGCCAGGUCACGUCCGGUGACCUCUGUCAGGUCACGCCCGGUGACCUCGAUCAGGUCAUGGCCGAUGACCUCUGUCAGGUCACUUCAGUCUGGACACAGGGUCAGCUGAGAGACAACCGGACUCAAGCGGGCACGUUUGGUUGGCGCCUCUCGUAAGGUGUGCUCAGAGUGUAUGAUGUCCCAAUGGUGCUGUAAAUGGAGACUGUUGUGAACUUGUGGACAGACUGGCCGGUGUUGUACGGACCGGAUGGUUGGCCAGAGGAGCCCCGGUGUAGCUCUCCCUGGUCAAGAAGGGACAGACACGGACUCACGGUGGAGUGGGCCGCGCCGGGAAGACCGGAUUCCAACCAGUGCCAAGCUAAGAGCGUCUAGCUCUGGAUGGAAGACGCAACGAAGUCUCACUCCGAUGAGAGGUGUGACCGGUCCUGGACGCCAACUACCGGUCAGCGGUAAGCGGUCAGACGAUCACCUCACGGAUCGCUGAUACUUCACGGAGAGCACAUGGUCACCUCACGGGUAGGCUCGUGACUGAGAGGGACACCGCGCCGGGAGGCUCACGGCCGGCGCACCGCGAGUGUUGGUGCGUGUGAACUGCAGCCAGCCACGACAGACUUUCUGUGGUGAUACAGACAUCGGAUCAGCUGGACCUUAUAAGGCCUCUCUGACUCGGGAAAGCACUCAGACCCAGUGGCCAAAGCGUGCACAGAGCUAAUGGAAUGAACCGAUAAUGAGAAUUCUGACGGCUGUAACUGGUCAACUUCAUUCGUGAACACGGCUCAACUGACUACUGUUGAUGUGUGUGCUACGGCAACUGUAUGUUUGUGAACCUUGUAGAGCAGCUUUUGUUAUCUUGUUACUGUUUGCGAUCCUUUUCGUAGGUAUAUGAUCUUAGAACCGAG